AUGGGCCUGGACAACUCAUCAACGAAGGAUCGCAAACGGUCUCAUGACAAGAACAAUGACAGCCUCAAGAGAUGGAUCGGCAUCUGGACGACUUUCGCGCAACAGAUCGACUGUUGUGAGCCCAAGGAAGUUCCAGACGGGAAGUUCUUCCAUAGGAAAGAGAGUUAUCACCCACACUUGACGCGCCGUACGGUUACGCUCGGGGAAGACGGCGGCCCCAACACGAUCACGACUUUACACCUUCCGACGACAACGUCGGUUCUAGACACUACUUCCCACAGACGGAAUUGUGGCUUCGAUAUCAUGCCUUCACGACUAUCUACACCCGUCCUCACGGUGGACGCCGGUAAAAUCCGCAAGGUCGACACGGCCAGUGUACAGAGCCUCCACGGGAUGUGGAUGGUUUUCUCGAAAUGUGCAGACUACAUGGAGGAGGGCAGACGACUGGAGAACCUGAGCUGGCGGCUCUGGACCCGGGAGACUUUCUGUGUCGAGCCGGAAAGCGAGUGCGAUACCUCCGUUCUGCCACUCCUGCGCCAGGAGGCUCCUGAUGUCCCUGAACUCUCCGCAAGUGUCGAGUCUGCAGCAUCCGACCAGGCGGAGAGAAUCGAGUCUCACAUCAAGCGACCCAGGACCCUCGAGCACAAGCCCACGGUUGUGAGCGAUGAUUACAGCAUUCGCACGGGAAAGGAGAAGCACAUCACAUCUAUGGGUCUUGAGAGGAUGGUCCUGAACAUCAAGGAGAAGAAGAAUCUCGAGCCACUCUCACCUAUCAUGACGCCGGUGGAUACUACAUCUGUGGUCGAUGUCACUCCCAGACCUUCUUCGCCCACCCCGUCGCCAACUCCCUCGCCCGCUACCGUUGCUCCCUCGAUGCAGACCGCACAUGCGCCCGCUCGUCCCACUCCCGUCAGACACCCCCUUCAGUCCACGGAAUCGUGCUCGACCACAGCACCCGAGGCUAACGACAGCGAUGCUGCGGUGACUGCCGGUUCCGAUACCAGCAUAUCGUCCGAUGCUAUUCCUACGGCGAGGCCGGGUCUCGCCAAGUCUCCUAGCAUCGUACGCGGAUUCUCCCCUUCCCAGAUCUCUGCAUCGUAUCGAUCGCAGGCGAGGCUUGCAGCGGAACCCAGUCCCGCGAAGACGUCACCAGAACCUACUCUCAAGCCGUCGCCACUGAUGAAGAGGAAGGGAGGGAUGUUCACACUGGGCGGAUCAUCUGGUGACGAUGAGAGCUCCUUUGAAGAGCGUAUGGCGUCGCCGGCUCCUCACCGCAGCUCCCUCGCGGAGGAGCUGCAGAAGCCUGCUUCUACUACUCCAAGCCCGAACAAGAAAGUGGCAUCGUUCAAGGACACGGUCGAGACAAGGCGCAUCAAACCCAUCAAGGAGAUUGGUCCUGAGGAUGAGGAUGCCAUUGAGACGGAAGACGAAAUCUCAGAGAGCGCUAUCGAAGACGACGAGGAUUCAUCUGAUUGGGAAGACUCGGUGACAGAAAGCGGACGAUCGAGCGUUGACGACAAGGAACUUUUCCAGCGCGUCGACUCGCGACCAAACCUUGUGUCCCGCCGUUCCCUCUUGACGAUGAUGAUGCACCAACCCGAAAAGAUGGGAUCCCGAUCGACACCAGCUCUUGCACGCUCCCGUCUCUCCUCGCCCAAUGGUCCGUCCAUCCCCACGUCUCCCCCGGAAGAGGAUGAGGAGAGCCUCACCAUGCGUGGUCCUGACGUUCCUCGAUCGAAACCCAUCAUUGUGAGGCCUACUGCACAGCAGCCAGUGGCUCAUUCCCCUCGCACUACCAGGCGAAAUAUGCUUGCCACUGAGCUUACCGAAUCUCUUCGUCGACACCUCCUUUGGGAGCGUCAGCAGAAGAGUGCUACCGCCAAUGCUGUUUUCAAGCGUCGACACACAGCUCAGGACAUGGCCAACCUGCGGGAGUAUCCAGGCCCAAAGGGGUCCCAAAGAAACCAGAAACCUGGACAGGAUCCCUCCCAAGCAAAGGACAAGGAUACCAGUUCAUGGACCAAUUACAAUGACUACGGACCAUGGGAGUACCACGCCAAAGGAUGGUAG